AUGCCCAUGGUGUUUCCCCCAUCACCACCUCCUUCUUCUUCUUCCGCCCUUUCAAUUCUGCCUUCAUUUCUUCUCAAUCCAUCUCUUCAUCUUCCCAAUUCCACCCCUAACCUCACCGUCUUUCGCAAUCCCAAAGCAUCAAAAACCACAAAAAAUAGUGUGUCUGAGAGAGCCAUCAACUCUGUCCAAACCCAUCAAUUAUUUUCCUCCGGAUCACGUUUUCGCUCCCAAAUUUUCAAUUUUGCUAUCUGUGUAUUGCCUUAUUGGCCCUCUCAGGUAUCGCUGAUGGUUCUCUCUGAAUUCGGAUCUGUACAAGUCGCGCCCUUGGAUUCUUGUUUUCGCUUAGAUUGUUUUGUUUCUGUUUCUGCCUUCGGUUUCGUGGCUUUGUUUCUAGAAACGUGA